UUCUCGACAACAAGCCCAGCACCUGCUCGCCGAGACGGCAACCCAAACAGAGGUGUAUCCGCUCUUCGUCGCACCGGUCUUCGCCGUCGUCAGACUCUCUCGGUCAGGGUCGAGGACUUGCCCAAGCCUGUUCUAGACAGCAAGCAGCGUUCGCAGGUCGAUGUAGACCCCAAUCACGGUCUGUGGGGCUUCUUCAACCGCGAUCGCUACCCUUUUGCGACUCCCGAAUAUGACAGCAACCACGGCCGAGCAUGGACUGUCGUUGAAUUGAGAGCAAAGGACUUUGAGGAUCUGCACAAGUUGUGGUGGGUCUGUGUCCGGGAAAGAAACAGACUCUCGACCGAGCGUCACGAAAGAAAGAAAGCAGAUGCUGGUUACGGUGAUUUUGAGUCGGAGGAGAGAGAAAUCGCGGUCAAACACACCCAAAGGGCAAUCAAGCACGUUCUUACUGAGCGCUGGUACGCUUGGGAAGAUGCGCGUCUACUUGCUGAGCGCGAUGCCAGCGUCAACUUA